AGUGCAGGCCGAAAGCUGUUCUCGGGUUUGUAGACGCUUGGGAUCGCGCUGGGGUUUCCUUUCCGCGCCGGGUCGGAGUUGUAAAGCCUUUGCGACUCUGAGAUCUGAAAAAAAAAAAAUGUGAUGCGCGCUCUCUCUUCGGCGACGCCUGUUUUGGAAUCUGUCUGGAGCUAGGAACCCAGACGUCCACCCCCUCCGCCUUGAAUGGCACCGCCGACCGGUUUCUGAAGGAUCUGCUUGGCUGGAGCGGACGCUGCGGUUGGCAGACACGGUGCGGGGACUCUGGCGGGGCUACUAGACAGUGCUUCAGAAGCCGCUCCUUCUGACUUUCCCACACCGCUCACACCCUGACACCCCCGCGGCAGACUGAGUUGGCGACGGGGUCAGAGUCUUCUGGCUGGGAGUUAGAUCCGCUAGGGGUCGGCGCCUGUCGCUGGAAGCAUUAUUUGGCCUCUCGGAGACCCUGUGGAGGAAGUGCCGGAGUGUGCGAGUGUGUUUGCCUGUGUGUGCGCGCGCUCUUGGAGGGUCCCUACGCGUUUUCCUUUUCUCGUAACUCUCGGUCGUGAGGCUUUGAAGGAACUGUCUUUUCGGUCGCCCUCUCGGCUGCACUUAAGCCGUGUCGGCGCUGUAAAGAGAAGCGUCUUCAAGUGCACCCUGAUCCCUCAACCUUCAGAUAACCGGUCCCCGAACCUGGCCAGAUGCAUUGCACUGCGCGCCGCAGGUAGAGACGUGCCCCACGUCCCCUGCGUGCAGUGACUACGACGGAGAACCCCGCCAGCGGCUGGUGUCCCGCCGAGAGCUCCUCCGAGCAGGCGGGGACAACUCCCAGACGGCUGGGGCUCCAGCUGCGGGCGCGGAGGAGCCAUUCCGUAGUGCCAUUCCGAGCGACGCACUGCCGCAGCUUCUCUGAGCCUUUCCAGCAAGUUUGUUCAAGAUUGGCUCCCAAGAAUCAUGGACUGUUAUUAUAUGCCUUGUUUUCUGUCAAGACACCAUGAUUCCUGGUAACCGAAUGCUGAUGGUCGUUUUAUUAUGCCAAGUCCUGCUAGGAGGCGCGAGCCAUGCUAGUUUGAUACCUGAGACCGGGAAGAAAAAAGUCGCCGAGAUUCAGGGCCACGCGGGAGGACGCCGCUCAGGGCAGAGCCAUGAGCUCCUGCGGGACUUCGAGGCGACACUUCUGCAGAUGUUUGGGCUGCGCCGCCGUCCGCAGCCGAGCAAGAGCGCCGUCAUCCCGGAUUACAUGAGGGAUCUUUACCGGCUCCAGUCUGGGGAGGAGGAGGAAGAAGAGCAGAGCCAGGGAACCGGGCUUGAGUACCCUGAGCGUCCUGCCAGCAGAGCCAACACUGUGAGGAGUUUCCAUCACGAAGAACAUCUGGAGAACAUCCCAGGGACCAGUGAGAGCUCUGCUUUUCGUUUCUUCUUUAACCUCAGCAGCAUCCCAGAGAAUGAGGUGAUCUCCUCUGCAGAGCUCCGGCUAUUUCGGGAGCAGGUGGACCAGGGCCCUGACUGGGAACAGGGCUUCCACCGUAUAAACAUUUAUGAGGUUAUGAAGCCCCCAGCAGAAAUGGUGCCUGGACACCUCAUCACACGACUACUGGACACCAGACUAGUCCAUCACAAUGUGACACGGUGGGAAACUUUCGAUGUGAGCCCUGCAGUCCUUCGAUGGACCCGGGAAAAGCAACCCAACUAUGGGCUGGCCAUUGAGGUGACUCACCUCCACCAGACACGGACCCACCAGGGCCAACAUGUCAGGAUUAGCCGAUCGUUACCUCAAGGGAGUGGAAAUUGGGCCCAACUCCGGCCCCUCCUGGUCACUUUUGGCCACGAUGGCCGGGGUCAUACCUUGACCCGCCGGAGGGCCAAGCGUAGUCCCAAGCAUCACCCACAGCGCUCCAGGAAGAAGAAUAAGAACUGCCGUCGCCAUUCGCUCUACGUGGACUUCAGUGACGUGGGCUGGAAUGAUUGGAUCGUGGCCCCACCGGGCUACCAGGCCUUCUACUGCCACGGGGACUGUCCCUUUCCACUGGCGGACCACCUCAACUCAACCAAUCAUGCCAUUGUGCAGACCCUGGUCAACUCCGUUAAUUCUAGCAUCCCUAAGGCCUGCUGUGUCCCCACCGAACUGAGCGCCAUUUCCAUGUUGUAUCUGGACGAGUACGACAAGGUGGUGUUGAAAAAUUAUCAGGAGAUGGUGGUGGAGGGGUGCGGAUGCCGCUGAAAUCAGGCAGUCCGGAGGACGGAUGCACACACACACACACACACACACACACACACACACACACACACAAAGCCCAUCCGACCACCCACACAUACCACACAAACUGCUUCCCUAUAGCUGGACUUUUAUCUUAAAAAAAAGAAAAAAAGAAAGAAAGAAAAAGAAAGACAGAAAAGGAAAAAAAAAAAACCAACCCUAAACACCCACCUUGACCUUAUUUAUGACUUUACGUGCAAAUGUUUUGACCAUAUUGAUCAUAUAUUUUGACAAAUAUAUUUAUAACUACGUAUUAAAAGAAAAUAAAAUGAGUCAUUAUUUUAAAGAUA